AUGCAGCAAGAUAGUGAAACAAUCGAGACGCGAUCGUCUAACACAUUCGAUACUAACGCCAGAGAUGGCCUGACUCAACAGACCUCAGAGGGUACUCGAUUCCUGCAAUCCGAGCUUGAAUCAAACCCACUGCUUGGAACAAAUAAAUCUAAAUUACUGAGGGAGGCAAUUGAUUUCGUCAGCCGGAUCUCUGAUACGUCAAAACCGUACUUUGCGACCGAUGCGUUUAACCCGUCUGAAACAGCUGGUGGAUUUGAGUCGACGACGUUCCCGCCAGAGCUAUUAUACAUGAUGACCAUGGAUCCCGAGCCAAACACUAUGAAGCAGUCGUUUUGGCCUGACCACGUUUCCUUUCCGACCUUAGAAGAAAUGUGCAUGUCCCUUAUUGAUGGUGACAAGGACCAACACACGCUUACUUGCUACCGUGUCUGCGUCUUUAUGAAGGCUGCCGGUUUCCUUUACCGACUACCAAAGAAAGAUCGGAAAGCUUCACUUCGAAGGCAUCUUGAACGAAGCAAAAAGCAAUAUGAACACGAGAUACACAAAGGUCUUUCCGAGAUUGACUGUCUUGCACCGCCAAGUUUGGUUCUUUUACAAGCAUUUCUGUCCGGUGCACUGUUCAUGCAAAACCAAGGUGACAUGUCCCGAAGUUGGACAUUGACAGCUUUCGCGUCCAGGACCUUGGUGUCUCUUAAUUACCACUCAAUUGACUCAAUUACACUAUUUGACGAGACAAAGCGUGACAUAUAUGGAUCGCUGUAUACCUGUUACUAUCUCGACAAAAUGCUCAGUGUGCUCCUUCUCCGACCACCCUCACUCCCAAAGCUGAAGAUUAAGCCGGUAGAGCUGGUUCAGUUGGACCCGCGACUGCCUCUCAGUGCCACUGUGAAAAUCAUGGUCGGAUUUGCCCAAAUACAAGAAGGUGUUCUCGAUAUACUCAACCACACGAACAAUAAUGACCAAGUCACUUUUUUAACGAAGCUGACGCGCGACACGCAUGAAAUUUAUGAAUUGAUGAAAAAACAUCAAAAUCAAUUGCCUUUCCGGGGAGCAACCUACGAAUGGGGUGCCAUCGAGUUUGGCUAUUAUGCGAUUCUUGCUAGCGUUUUGCAUUUACACCAACGGGUUUCCCAAGACCGAUCAACACAGCAAGAUUGCUUGGAAGCUUCUCGACAAGCGCUGACGCGCCUGGUAAAGCUUCAGGACGAAAUUUACAUGGAUGCGAAUUUCCUUGAUCAAUAUCCCUACUUUCUCACUUGGACCUUGUUGUUCUACCCACUCAGUCCGUUCUUUGUCCUUUUCUGCAACGCUAUAUGUUCGGCGAACCUGGACGACUAUACACUGAUGGCCGAAGUCACUCAUGGGGUUUCACGCUUUGUGAAAAUGCAUCUCUCGAUUUCCGAUGUCUACAGACUGUUCUCGGCUUUCCUGGGAAUAGUCAGGCCUCUGAUUCAUAGUCGCCCAGAUCCCCUGCUUUUUCAACCCACCCCGAGUGCUUUAACGCAAGGAAACACAUCUUCAAAUAUGACCAACAUGGCGACUCAAUAUCCCACAGCAAGGAUGGACCACACCAUUGGCUCAAAUCUUGAUCAAGAAGGCACAACUGAUUUACCGGAUCAAGCUGUUGGCGGUCAAGAUGGACAGAUUGUCCCCGGAGAUGAAGACCUGUGGGAUUUGAUAGAUUCUCAGCCAUGGCUUGGUUGGAUGAGAUCGGAUGCCUUGACAGAAAAUCCUACUUCUAGCUAG